CCAUGAAAAAGAAAUUGGCUUGAAUCUGUUUUUCUCGCUGUAUUUUCUUUUAAGGUAGAGAUGAGUUGGGAAGGCGCUAGCAAUGGAUCGGCGAAAAGCCCCACGGAAGAGAAGACGGACUCGAAAUCUGAGAGCGAAAGCAAAAAAAUCAAGAAAAAAGAAAAACAGCCAACUAUUAGUACAUUUGCAAUGUUCCGAUAUUCUAAUUGGCUAGAUAGGUUAUACAUGGUGCUGGGAACAGCUGCAGCUAUCAUACAUGGAGCAGGAGUGCCUCUCAUGAUGCUAGUUUUUGGAGAAAUGACGGAUAGCUUUGCAGAUAUGGGAAACCAAAAUAUUUCUGCAAUGGACCAGAAUGCAAGUAAAGAGAUCAAUGCUAAACUGGAAAAGGAUAUGACCACGUAAUUAGCUAUAUUUCUUAUUUAUGUCAGAUAAGUUUUUAUUAUUUUUGUUAUGAUAAUUAUGCCUUCAGUUUAUACAAUGCUAAUAGAAGAAUGAAUAUUAUCAGUAAUCAUAUUGUUGCUCAGUAUCAAGAUGAUAUAAUAUAGAAGAAGCCUUCAUCAUUUACAAAAUAAUGUUCAUUUAAGGUUUUGGUAAAUUUUCUUUGCUUAAUAGCCAAUGCAUUGGUUUAUGCCUUAGUAGAAUGUGUGAAAGGAUUUGAAUAGCUUUUAAAAGCAUACUCUCUUGCCAGACGUGAUAAUACAUGCCUGUAAUUCCUGCUACUAAAAGAAGUUGAUCAUGAUAAAUCAUGUAAUCUCCAAAAAUUCAGAAGGCAACUACCAGAGCA